GGUCUGUGCCCAAAUUGCUGACAGACCUUGGUUCCUCGCUUGUCUGGGUCCUAGAGACCCACCAGAUCGGCUCCACAGCAGGCCAGGCUCCGCUCCGGACUCGCGUGGCGCUCUUCGAGGACCCCAGCUCCUCAUGGCGGCGACACUGAGCGUGGAGCCCGCGGGCCGCAGCUGCUGGGACGAGCCGCUGAGCAUCAUCGUGCGCGGCCUGGCCCCCGAGCAGCCCGUCACGCUGCGCUCUGUCCUGCGCGACGAGAAGGGCGCGCUCUUCCGAGCCCACGCGCGCUACCGCGCCGACAACCACGGCGAGCUGGACCUGGCGCGCGCGCCCGCGCUGGGCGGCAGCUUCUCGGGGAUCGAGCCCAUGGGGCUGCUCUGGGCCAUGGAGACCGAACGGCCUUUCUGGCGCCUGAUCAAGCGCGACGUACAGACGCCCUUCGUGGUGGAGCUAGAGGUGCUGGACGGACACGAGCCCGACGGCGGGCGGCGGCUUGCAAAGGCGGUGCACGAGCGUCACUUCAUGGCUCCCGGGGUGCGGCGCGUGCCCGUGCGCGAGGGCCGGGUGCGCGCCACGCUCUUCCUACCCCCAGGACAAGGACCCUUUCCAGGCAUCAUCGAUGUUUAUGGUGUUGGAGGAGGCCUGUUGGAAUACCGAGCCAGCCUUCUGGCUGGCCAUGGCUUUGCCACAUUGGCUCUGGCUUUUUAUGGCUUUGAAGAUCUCCCCAAAGAGUUCAACGUCAUAGAAGUGGACUACUUUGAAGAAGCAGUGCGCUGCAUGCUUCGCCACCCGAAGGUAAAAGGCCCAGACAUUGGGCUUCUGGGUCUUUCCCUGGGAGCUGAUAUCUGUCUGACCAUGGCUUCCUUCCUGAGGAAUGUCUCAGCUACAGUUUCCAUCAAUGGUUCUGCAUUCAGUGGAAACAGGCACAUCCAUUACAAGCAGACCGUGAUUCCACCAUUGGGCCAUGACCUGAGGAGAACGAAGGUGGCUUUUUCCGGCAUUCUGGACAUUGUGGAUAUACGGAAUGAUGCUGUAGGAGGCUGUGAGAACCCCAGCAUGAUACCAAUAGAGAAGGCCAAGGGCCCCAUCCUCUUUGUUGCUGGUCAGGAUGAUCAUUGCUGGAGGAGUGAGCUAUAUACUCAGAUAGCCACGGAACGGUUACAGGCUCAUGGAAAGGAAAGGCCCCAGGUACUCUCUUACCCCGGGACUGGGCAUUACAUCGAGCCACCUUACUUUCCCGUGUGCCCAGCUUCCCUGCACAAAAUAGUGAACGGAGCUGUGAUUUGGGGAGGGGAGGUCAGGGCUCACUCCAAAGCCCAGAUAGAUGCAUGGAAGCAAAUUCUAGUCUUCUUUGGCAAACACCUGGACAGUACCCCCAGCAGAGCCUCCUGUAGAUUGUAAUGCGUUUGCCUGUAACAGACAUGGUAGAUUCAAGGUCAAAUUUUAGAGUUCAGUAACUAUGUGUAUCAGUUUUCUGAUGGAUGACAUGCAAUUCAUGUUUAGGGCACUAAUGGCUUAUAGGUCACUGUACUGAAUAAGUUAUUAAUCAAUAUAGUUAUUCUACUAACAGCCUGUGCUUGUUACAGAUUCAGCUAUAUGUGAUACAAUGAGUAAAGUUUAAAAACAGUGACCUUUUAUUAAAGGUAUGAUUUAUUCUAAGCUCAGCAUUUCAGUGGUAGUUGCAGCUGGUUUUGUUCCAUUUGUUGUUUUGUUUAGUUGCUUUUAGAGACAGGACCUCAAUUCUGGCUGUCAUGGAACUUGCCACGUAAAGGAAGUUGGCCUUGAACUCACAGAGAGAGUCUUGCUUUUGCCUCCUGAGUGACAGGAUUAAAGGCUCAGCCCUACCUAGUUAAUACUUUAACUCCUGGCUCAGCUUUAAAGACAGUGACUGCAGCUGCAGUUGCCUCAUUUCAUGUCAACUUGACACAAGCUGGAAUCAUGUGACAGGAUGAUGUGACAGGAUGACAGUGAGCCUGAUAUGUGUGCACAUACCUGGAUAUGCAUGUGCGUAACUUCCACAAGAAAAAAAUGAUAAUGUUGCCAUCUCAAUGGAGUAGGUUGAGCCUUUAAAUAGUUUUCCAAAUAACAUUUCUGAAAAUGCUUCUCACCUGUGUUGAUUAAAACAGCAAAGAAACAAACAAACAAAAAAUUGUGGUUUUCUAUUCAAGGUCACUUGGAGCCUUAUUAUUUUGUCCUCUUCAAGCUAACUCCUCUACCCCUGCGUGGUAUACAAGUCAUCCCCAGAGCUCUGGCUUUUCCCAAAAUAAAGCCUCAUGUAAUUGCAUCAAGGUUGGUCUCUCGUGAGUCCUUGGGGGUCUGCAGCCAUCCCGAGACUUGAGUGAGGGUCUCCCUCCGGGAGUCUUUCAUUUUGGGGGCUCGUCCCGGGAUAUGUGCAACCACCCUCAUCUCCGAAGACCCACUUGGUGCUAAGAUUUCUUGUCUGAAACUGUUUCUGUGUGCCAGCAAAGUUUGGUGUUGAAUUUUCAAAUUGUAGCGAGAUGUUUCAUAAGAAACGGAGACACGAGUCUCGAGAUGAGACAUGGAGUGUUUCAGCAGACGUGCUGGAAUCACCGGCUGGAUUGAUAGGACUACGUACCUACCCGAUCAUCCGCAU